CCUUUUUCGCCUCCAUCAGCUUCAGUGUUAUGUGAUCGCUGUCAAAAAUCAUCACACGAUUCCGGUUUUCAGAAUGUUUUACUGAAGUUCGUCCAAAUUUUCUUCGAUUUAUUCAAUAAAUUCAUCCAAAAUGUUGCGGGCGAUUGUUUGCAUAGCGGCCAGAAAUCUUACACGGCCAUCCUGUGUCAGUCGCUUGGCUGCCACCCCGAAGCCGAUCGACAGCCUCAGUGACCUAACUCGCAGCUUUUCCACCCUUCUACGGAUCGGAAAUGCUCCUGGUCAACUGCGAACCCCCUUCACAGUCACCGCUCAAAACCCCAAACCCAGCAUUUCGAACCCGGUCGCUGUUCAGCUGCCACAACCGAACCGUACGGUUAUCAAAUUUUCCAUGCGCAGCGGUAAACGAAAGAGCGUCAAACCGGUCAUGAAGCGAUUCAAGCGGCUCGACUGGGGAGGAUGGAUCCGGACCAAAGCCGGUCGCCACAAGCACAUGUGGAAGAAAUCGGCUGGCCGAAAGCGCCGUCUAAGGCAACACGUGCUGGUCAAUUCGCAGCAGGCAACGCUGCUCGAUAAGAUGGUGACGAAGUACUGGAAGAGACCGCGGCACUACAUCAACGAUCCGUACACGCCGUACCACACGAGGGAGGAAUUCCGCGAAACCAGACGCAAACCGGUGAAAUAUUGAAGCUCAGGGCCUUGGUAUUGUUAGUGGGCGAUUGUAGGCAAUAAAACGGUUUAAGAGGAAAAUAA